AUGGACGCCAUUUCCUUUGUUCUUGGCGUUCAUUCCAGUCAUUUACGUUCUCAAAAUCUAAAAGAUAUGAUUUAUCGCUCUGAGGCUAUGAGCCAUAGCGAGACUUCCAGCAGUGGACGCUCACCCCGACAUGCUUCCGUUACCGCUGUCUAUCAAAACAAUCAAGGUCGCGAGAUUCGAUUCAAGCGCAGCAUCAACAGUAACGGCAACUCAGAAUACCGUAUUAACGAUAGAGUUGUUCAAUACUCCAACUACAACGCAGCACUUGAAAAAGAAAACAUUUUGGUAAAAGCAAAGAACUUUUUGGUAUUUCAAGGAGACGUUGAAUCUGUUGCAAGCCAAAAUCCAAAAGAUUUAACAAGGCUUAUUGAACAAAUUAGUGGUUCCUGGGAAUACAAGGAUGAGUAUGACGAGGCAAAGGCAGAUAUGGAAAAGGCCAUUGAGAAUAGUGCACACGCAUUCAACAAGAAACGUAGCCUUGCUUUAGAAAUCAAGCAGUACGAAGCGCAGAAGAGGGAAGUUGAAAAGUUUGAAGAAAAAGUAAAAGACCGAAGAGAGUGUGUCUUACAGUACUUGCUGUGGAAGCUUUAUCACAUUGAAAUGAAGACAAAUAGCUUGGCCGAAGAAAAAGACAAAAAGUACUUUAAGAGCAGUGAGGCCAAGGGUCAACAGGAUUCCUUGGAAUAUCAAUUCAAAACUGCAAGAGAACAAAGGGCAUUGCUCCAUCGUGAAAAAACAAGACUUGAAGUUCAAAUCCGUAGAAUACAGAAAGAAUUAGAAGAUCAAUUGCCUACUUCUAUCAAAUCCAGAGAGAAACUAGUUAAUUUUGAGAAAAAACUAAAGCAGACCGAGUUAAACAUUGAACGUGUCAAAAGGGAUGGACAACAGCAAGAGUCUGUUGUUCAUUCUCUAGAAAAGGACAUGGAGUUACUAGUAGCUACAGAAAGAGAAUAUAACAGUUCGGUUGCUACUACUUCAUCAGGUGAUAUCCCACAGCUAACGUUACAACAAGCCAAGGAUUAUGAAAGAAGAAAGGAGGAAGUAAACAACAACACUGCUGAAGAACAGCAACAAUUGCUACAGUACCAGCGUCAACGUAGAACUCAACAACAGCGUGCAAACGAGUUGCGCAUGAAGCUGGAGAGUUUACAAGAGUCGGAAGCUGAAAUAUUGAGCAAAAUUCAUGAUGCAGAAGCAGAAGUCGCAGAAAUCACAGCUGAGGGCGAGAAGAAAACUUCAUUAUUAGAAUCACGUCAAGCCGAAUUAUCUCAACUUGUAGAUGAGCGUGAGACCAUUCAUCGUCGUGAAGUUGAAUUGAAUGAUAAGCUUCAAAAGACGCUUACAAAGCUCCUUGAUGCCAAUCUCACGUUACAAGACACAGAGAACGAUUCCAAGUUUAACAACAGCAUUGCCACCAUGAAACAAAUCUAUCCAAAUGUUCAUGGAAAGCUAUCUGAUUUAUGUAGGCCUACGCAGCGUAAGUAUGAUACCGCAAUUGCUACUGUGUUUGGAAGAAAUAUGGAUGCUAUUGUUGUUGAAGAUGAAGCAACUGCUAUCGAAUGCAUUCGACAUAUGAAAGAACAGCAUAUUCCCACUGCCACUUUCUUACCUCUUCAUUCAUUGUCAGUCCCAUCCAUUAACCAGAACCUUAGCAGUCUUGUGAAAGGAGUGAGAUUGGCAUUUGACCUUGUCAAAUUUGAUUCUCAAUAUGAACAGGUGGUCCGAUAUGCUUGUGGAAACACUGUAGUCUGUGAUAACUUGAGUAUCGCAAAGCGAGUCUGUUUUGACAUGAAUGAGUCUGUUAGAGCGGUUACUCUUGAUGGCACUGUCAUUCACCCUAGCGGUUUGAUGACUGGUGGUUCUGCUCCUACACAACCUGUAACUAAAUGGCACGAGAGCGAAGUCGAAGAGUAUUUAGAAUUAAUGAAACAAAGAGACGAAUAUCUAGCUGAACUCAAUAACAUCAGCAUGAACAAACGCAUGGGCAGUUUGGAAGACUCAGUAAGAAACGAUUGCGCGAGAUUACAAGCACAAGUUGAUUCACUGAAAGACGAUUUGUUGGCGACCAAUCGAAAGAUCGAAGGAUUGAACGGCACACUCCAAGAUAUUCGUAACAAGAUAAAUGAAGCAAAGCAACCUCUUGGAGAAGCAGAAAUAUAUAUGCAGCAACUUGAUCAAAAGAUUGCAAGUGUUCGUGAACGCAUUGCUGAAGUAGAAGAUCAAGUGUUUGAAGACUUUUGUGCACUCAUUAAUGUGGCUAAUAUUCGAGAGUAUGAAGCUAUGCUUCAGAACGGUUCGGAUGAAGUCUCUGAGCGUCGUGCACAGUUUGCGUCACAAAAACAACGUCUUGAAACACAACUUGACUUUGAAAAGGAACAGCUUAAUGAGCUUGUCAAACGUCUUCAAAGCUUGGAAGCCAGUUAUAAUUCGGAUACAACUGCCAAGAGCCAAAUAGAAGCUGAAUUGAAUGGUAUGAGUGGAAGAAAGGAGAGCUUGACAGAGAGAUUGGAGAUAUGUAAACAAGAACUGGAAAGAAAGGCCAGGGAAGAAGAGGAUAAGCAAAAAGAGAUAAAUGAUAUUAGCAAUUUAUUGGAAGUCAAGGGUCGAGAUGUUAAGCAAAUUCUGAAAGAAGUGGGCACUAUUGAAACGGAGAUCUCUAAAUAUUAUGCAGAACGAGUGGCAAUUUUCAGAAAAUGUAAACUUGAAGGAAUCAAUCUACCCAUGCUUCAAGGUUCUAUGGAUGAUAUUGUUGUAGAAGGUGAACAAAUUUCACAGGCAGAAGGAAUGGCUACUGAUGAUAGCAGCGUGUCUUCCUCUAUGGACGUUGACGAACCUCCUUCACAAACCUCCAUUUUAACAUCCGACUGGACUAUUGAAAUUGACUAUGCACGCUUAGGUCAACUUCAGCGUGAUGACAGUAGCCAGGCUGUGGAUAAAGAUUUCCAAGACGAGAUUAAGCGAUUAACGGACGAGAUUGAACAAAUGGCGCCUAACCUUAAGGCAGUAGACCGACUUGAAAGUGUUGAAGAAAGCCUCAAGGUCGCAGAGGAUGAAUUCAGCGUGGCAAGAAAUACAGCCAAAGCUGCUAAAGAGCGAUUUAAUAUGAUCAAGCAAAAGAGGUUCUCUUUAUUUUACGAUGCCUUUAGUCAUAUUUCUGAACAUAUUGACAGAGUCUACAAGGACCUCACAAAGAGUGAAACCUUCCCCUUGGGUGGUACUGCCUAUUUGAGCUUAGAGGAUACUGAAGAGCCUUAUUUGGAAGGCAUCAAAUACCAUGCUAUGCCACCUAUGAAAAGAUUCCGUGAUAUGGAGCAACUAUCUGGAGGUGAAAAGAGUGUGGCCGCGCUAGCAUUAUUAUUUGCUGUACACAGCUAUAAGCCAUCACCCUUCUUCGUCUUGGAUGAAGUGGAUGCGGCUCUUGAUAAUGCAAAUGUAUCCACAGUUGCAUCUUAUAUACGUGAACAUGCAACAGACGAGUUCCAAUUUAUCGUCAUUUCAUUGAAACAGUUACUUUAUGAAAAGGCUCAAAGCUUAGUUGGUAUCUAUCGAGAUCAAGGCUUUAACUCGAGCAAGACAAUGACAUUGAUGUUGGAUCAAUAUCAAAGUUAA